UCUUGAGAGAAUUUGACAUUUUGACGGUCGAGUUUACGUUUGUCCAAUAGAUGGCGUCACUGAGGUACAAUUGUAUUUCUGUGUGAACCGUAUGAAACUCGGUCAAGAAUUAAAAACCAAAAGCCUUUAAAAGUUGUACCAAACGACGGUUAGGCUAUGUAAUGAUAAUGAAAAUACCCCCACCACAUGCGUUUUAUUCAUUCAAUGUCAUUCAAUUCAUUCUAUGUGCAAAUAAAUGCUGUCUAUAAUUUGUAUAAUUACACUUUCUGUUUAAACUUGUGAUUUGUUUCUAUAUAAACGAUUAUACUUCUGCUAAUACAAAUCUGUAAUUACCACCUGUAAAAUUCUCAAAGAACACAAAUUUAUAAGCGCUUUUCUAUUUUAAGUAAGUUGUCAUUGAUGGAUAUUGGGUUGUUAAAAAGUUAAAAAGACGAGACGUUUUCGGGCUAGUUGAGUUUAUCUGUAAUCUAUGACAACAGGUCUGCUGAACUUCAGUUCAUGGAUGGAUGAACUCAUAGCGGAUGAUGUCAUUAACAACUGUCUCAAACUGAGUGUGCUCCCUACAUAGACAGCAAUAUCUGAGUAUCGUACUUGUAGACGAAAGUCGCCUAUGACCAAUAUGCUACUCCCCUGCUGCUCAAAACUGGAGCACGCGGCUGUUGUGUUCAAAGUUUUUGCGCAGUGCGCAUGCCUAUGAUAUCCAUAAUGCUGUCUAGUUAGGAAGCUCACUCGACUUUUGAACACUCGUAGUGUUUGGGAGUAAAGCGCUCGGAUUAGUUUAGAGAGGGCGGAGAAGGGCUCGCCUCAUGAGAGCAUAACGUCAGUGAACGUGUGAACUUCGUGUUUAUUUUUGUUUCAGGGUUAACGUUACUUUGUUUAUAUAUGCAGAAGUAAUAUUUCCAUAUUUGAAAUGUAGCUUUUAAAGGACUGUUUCUCCUUCUCUCUCUCUCUCUGAAUGGAAACCGCAGUGAAACAGGAGACUGGUACUCCACUCUCUCAUUCAGAAAUGAGAAGUCAGAUGGGUCGCUGUGACUGGAGGUAAAACUCCUGAAAAAGUUAGUGUUUCCAGUGAUGCCUCCGCAGGGAGGUGGAGAAUAUAAGACUGUUCCAGGGACGGUUGUACCGCCGGUACCCCCGAGAAGAUUGCGGAGCAGAGAUUUAUCAUCCGCGGUGAAGAGUCGCUUCGGGUCGGCAGCUGAGCGCAGGGUGAAGUGCGUGCUGGUUGGUGAUGGUGCAGUGGGUAAAACUAGUCUCAUUGUGAGCUAUACCACCAAUGGAUAUCCCACCGAGUACGUGCCAACAGCUUUUGAUAAUUUUGCAGCGGUUGUAGCUGUGGAUGGCAAGCCUGUAAAACUUCAACUCUGUGACACAGCUGGACAGGAUGAGUUUGAUAAGCUACGGCCGCUCUGCUACACCAACGCUGACGUCUUCCUGCUUUGCUUCAGCGUUGUAAGUCCCUCCUCUUUCCAGAAUGUGAGGGAGAAGUGGGUGCCCGAGAUCCGUCGGCACUGCCCGAAGGCCCCCGUCCUUCUGGUCGGCACCCAAGCCGACCUCCGGCAAGACGUCAAAGUGCUCAUCCAGCUCGCCAAGUACAAAGAGCGCCCUGUGGACCCGCAAGAAGCCCUCUCGUGCGCCGAGGAAGUGCAGGUCGUGUCUUACAUGGAGUGCUCAGCGCUCACCCAGAAAAACCUAAAGGAGGUGUUUGAUGCGGCCAUAGUGGCCAGCAUCCAGUACUCUGACAGCCAGCAGCAGAAAAAGAUGAAGAAGCGUACACCUGACAAAAUGAGGAAGCUCUCCAAAUCCUGGUGGAAGAAAUACUGCUGUCUGGCAUAGAGAGGAGAAUGGGAUUUUGUGUGUGGAUGCGGUUUAACCGGAAGUGGCAUUUUUGGAACGAAAUCGAAACGAAGCUGUCUGCUUCACGCUACAUUGUUAGUGGAUUAACUGGAGCAGAGAUGGCCGCGGUGCGGAGAAGAUGAGACAUCUUUUUUCAUGAAAUGGAAGGAAACAUUGCAAGCAUACUUUAGGUUGUCAGUUACGAUGGAGAAAUGAGCUCCGCUGUUCAUUUGAAAGUCAAACGAACAGUUGGGGCAAGAGUCAUCUGGCUUUCUUUACCUUAUCUCCUGUUGAGGAGGGUUUCAAAGUGGAGUAAUGAGCCGUCCCGAUAUGAAACGUCUAGUUCGACUGACAGUCACCACAGAAUUUUCUUCCUCCAUUUAGGCAAGUUAGCCUACAGUAAACAUUAACCUGUUGGUUAAUCUCAUCAUACUUUGUCGGUGCUUUAACAUAAAUCUCAGUUACAAACGUGAUGGAGAAAUGAUCAAGACCUUUAAUCUGAGAUAGUCAAGUGUUCCGUAAUGUAUUUGUCAGAACAUUAAGUGCGAUCCAGAAUACAACUAGAUGUUUGGGCACAUCAUCAAUGACGUUUGCCUUGUUGUGAUGUGAGAGUGAAUGAUGGUCCAUUUCAGAGACACCAGGACUCUGGCACAUCUCAACAGACUCUAUUGUUUACUUUUGGAGAUGUCCAGACCCAAACAUGCUGUGAGGUCAAGGCCUUUGUGAGUGUAUAUAAGCCAGCUGGACUGUAUAUCUGGUCAUUGAACCUGGGGCUUCAUCAGUAACACAAUGUUUUGAUUGGAGCGCUGUCAUGAAGGAUCUGUUGAAAAAGUGAACGUGACCUAUUAGUCAGAUAUGGUGACCCAUACCCGAAAUGUGACCUCUGCUUUUAACCCAUCCAGAGAGUAGUGAACACACGCACAGCAAGUCGUGAACACACGUACACCCGGAGCAGUGGGCAGCUAUCACUGCAGCGCCCGGGGGUUGUAAAAGUAGGGGUUGGUGCCUUGCUCAAGGACAAAUCAGUCGCUACCCGCCAGCCCUGAGGAUCAAACCAGCAACCUUCUGGUCACAAGUCCGACUCUCUAACCAUUACACCACAAUUUAGGGCACACUUUAACUUUUGUCAUUCUAUCAUCUCAGUGUAUUUGUUACCUAAAGAAUGUGAUCCCAGCCAUGUAAUGCUCUGAUAAGCAUUGUCUUAUCAUUAAACAUCAGAUGAACUGUAAAAGUCACCUGCUGCUAUGCGAUACUGUAUGUGAACCAGUGUACACAUACAUGACACGGUAAAGUGAAUAACACGGUAAAGAAAAGUUAAUGUGUAACUGAGUAAGCUGGACUUGAUUUUAAAGGACGUCGCCAGUGUCAAACAUAAAGCGCAGAAUAAAGUGAGAACGAAUUCAAGAUGAUUGCACAUUCGUUCACCACGUCAGAAUCGAGCGAGGCGAUGAAAGUGUUAAUGAAAGGAAGUUGGUGGCUCUCAGCAAGUGUACGGUGAUGCAAACAGCAAGUGUUGAAAGGUUUGCAUAGCAAGAGUUGUAGUCCAAAGUAAACAAUCGUACUGAUUUAAGCUUUUUGCUAAAAAGAAAACAGCUAUGUGUGAAUGUGAUGUUGUUUCAUACUGUAAACAUUGUACAUUAUAUUCGAUCAUUUAUUUAGAAUUGUAUUUGUGGUGUUUCAUAUAAUGGGAAUCUCAGAAUUUAAACAACGGCCUUGUACGUUCGGACUGACCAAAGCAUGAGCGCCAUAACGCUGUGUACUUUCACGGCUGCAAGAUCAAUUUCUAGGUUUUUGACAAGUAGCCAGACGUUGACUUUAAACACAUGCUUUGUGUUUAUUCACUGCUUUGUUUUGCACGUGAGUUUUAUUGCAUUGCUGUAUAUUUACUUUGUGAGUGAACUCAUUGCUGAAGUGUCCCUCCAGACGGAACUCUUCAGGAUCUGACAUGUAAUUGCAGAGACCUGCUUGUAGAUUGUUAUCUUUCUCAGA